ACCAAUUUUGGCGACCAUACACAAGUACAAAAACAUAAAUUAUUUCUUAUCAUAAUACAUAAUAUAUAACAACAAAAGGAACCCAAAAAUCCCCGUUUUUCUUUGUAUAUUAUUUUCUCUCCUCCACACACUUUCUCAGGUAACAAACAAGCCUCACGCCACCACCAACCCGCGCGCCCCCUUUUUCUCUCCUCUCUUUCUCCUCUGUUCAUCCAGUUUGCAGACAGGAAAAAGGGCGAACAGUCAGUCCCACAAAUCCCUCCGCCGGAGCUCUCAUCCUCCGACCACACUCGGAUAUGAGCGAUCCCGGGAAGCUGAAUACCUCGAGCUCCGAAUUGGACCUGGAUCGGCCCAACAUUGAAGAUUACCUUCCUUCUGGAACAUCCAUUCAUGAACCCCACGGCCAGCUUCGACUGCGCGAUUUGCUUGACAUCUCCCCAACGUUAACUGAGGCUGCCGGGGCGAUUAUUGAUGAUUCGUUUACAAGGUGUUUCAAGUCAAAUCCGCCGGAGCCUUGGAACUGGAAUGUGUACCUUUUCCCUCUAUGGUGUUGCGGUGUGGUGGUUAGAUAUGGGAUCCUGUUCCCUGUCAGGGUUAUCGUGCUAGCAAUUGGGUGGAUAAUCUUUCUCUCGGCCUAUAUUCCUGUUCAUGUGCUACUCAAAGGACACGACAAGUUGAGGAAGAAGAUCGAGGUGCGGGAUCAAAAUCUUAAGCUCUAUCUGCAGCUUCUUUGUGGCAUCAUGGACUGGAGUGGUGAAGUACCACGGUCCACGUCCCAGCAUGCGGCCGAAACAGUUUCUGCUUGUAAUCUGUCUGAACAGGUUUUUGUCUCCAAUCAUACUUCAAUGAUCGAUUUCAUCGUCUUGGAACAGAUGACUCCAUUUGCCGUCAUCAUGCAGAAGCACCCGGGUUGGGUUGGACUCCUGCAGAGCACCAUAUUAGACAGCUUGGGAUGUAUCUGGUUCAAUCGUAGUGAGGCAAAGGAUCGUGAAACUGUAGCCAAAAAGUUACGUGACCAUGUUCAGGGAUCUGAUAACAAUCCUCUUCUCAUAUUUCCCGAAGGAACUUGUGUAAAUAACCACUAUACCGUGAUGUUCAAGAAGGGUGCCUUUGAACUAGGAUGUACUGUUUGCCCAAUCGCAGUCAAGUACAAUAAGAUUUUUGUCGAUGCCUUUUGGAACAGCCGGAAGCAGUCAUUCACAAUGCAUCUCCUCCAGCUCAUGACAUCAUGGGCAGUUGUUUGCGACGUUUGGUACUUGGAGCCACAAACUCUCAGACCUGGGGAGACGGCUAUUGAGUUUGCAGAGAGAGUCCGGGACAUAAUCUCUGUGCGAGCUGGCCUCAAGAUGGUACCUUGGGACGGGUAUCUGAAGUACUCCAGGCCGAGCCCUAAACAUAGGGAACAAAAGCAACAAAGCUUUGCUGAGACGAUUCUACGACGGUUGGAGGAACAGUAAAGAAAAGAGGUGUAGCUGUAUUUAGCAGUUCAUGUCGCAUCAUGUAAUGUUCGAAUCUAGAACUCUAGCAACGGGGAGAAGCCUGUGGUUAGGUUGAAAUUGAUCAAGUUUUGAUUUUUAAAAGAAAAAGGUGUUGGCUAUUGGUUAGCUUUGUAAACAGUUCUGUGGGAAGACCCUGUGACUGUAGUGAACACUUGGAUUCCUUCCUCUGUUUUUCAGUGUCUUUUUUUAUACCUUUCUCAAUAGUGAAAGACGUUUUGUUUGGUUGCUUCAGUUUAGUCUGUUUCCAUGGUCGUGUUCAUUACUAAACGGCAAAUGCUUGAACAUUACCGUGGACUUUUCAGUAGGGUAAACGGUCA